AUGUAUGGAAAUUAUAGGACCUAUGUUUCACUCACUCAAAUCGGAUUAAAAGAGGUACAAGUUAGCUUGUUAGCUAAAUAUAAUAUCUAUGCUCAUGAUAUUGAAGGAAAGCGAGUAAAUAUUUGUUCGAAUAGUAAUUCAGUAAAUUUUGCACAUAAAACCGAAGCUGGUAAAUCCGAAAUUGACUUACAAAAAGUUUGUCAUGCUGAUGGUUCUGUUUUACUAUAUUGUGAAGUUGAAUUUGUGCCUCACAACAUUAAAUGUGUGAAUGAUAAUAAUCAAAUUGCGAAUAAUCAAAUUGAAAAACGAAAUUUGCUUAGAGAUUUGUUUUUAACUAGAACGCUUUCAGAUUUUGUUAUUAAGAUUGGAGAUGAGAAAAUAAAUGUCCAUCGUUGUAUUCUAGCACAAAAUAGCUGUGUAUUUUUGACAAUGUUUGAACAAAAUAAUAUGAUAGAAGCAAAAAAUGUAAGUGAAUCUCGAUAA